CAGAAAAUAAUAAAUAAAUGUUGCCUCUCCUCUCAUAAGGACCUCUCCUCUCCCAGAAUACACGAUAAGUUUUUCUAACUUGGUUCUUAGGUUGAUCGAUUUACAUAUUCUUGGAUUUCAGCUCGGAGUUUUCGGCUAGUUGCGCUCCUUUCUAGUUUCAAUUUCAGAAAGAAGAAAGAAUGGCUUGUCUGACCAUGGGAACUUGGCUUUCCGCCACAACAACUCGCAUCCCCAUGGCUUCUCUUACUCUUCAAACCGGAACUACUUCUAGAAGAAUCACUUCCUUGAAAAUGGCUGCAUCAGCUCAACCAAAUCGUUCUGGAUUACUUCAUUGUUCUUUUACUGCCUCAUCCUCGCUCUCUGUAUCCUCUUCUGUGUCUUUUACAGGAUUGCCAAUGGGCUUGAAUUUUAACAGUGAAAGUGGGGUUAGAAAAGAGAGGGGACGGCGUGGCCUUGUAGUGAGGGCUACGAAAUAUUUACUUUGUCAAACAAAGAGGAAUAGAUCUAGGAAGUCUCUGGCGAGAACUCACGGUUUUCGCUAUAGAAUGAGCACUACAAGUGGAAGAGCAGUGUUGAAGCGAAGAAGGGCGAAGGGAAGAUGGAUUCUUUGUACAAAGUCCAACCACAACAGUGGAAAACGCCCUUAAAUCUUCGAUUCUUCUCUUCUAUGUAUGUUUUGAUUCGAUGUAUCCUUCUUUCAAAAGAUUUGUUUUGGAUUGGUUUGGUUUGGUUUUGUAUUGAAUAGUUUGAAUACAAUGAGAUAUUUAUUAUUAGAGUUUCUAUACUCU